GGUAGUCGGAGGCGGAGCUAUCGACUUGACUGUAGCAGCCGGGGGAGCAGGUUAACGCAACACCGCAGCCACAGUAUGACGUGAAAAAAUAGCGUCUUUUGGUCAUGUUCUCCGGACUGGAAUCAAGACAUAAACAGUUACAGAGCAGCCCGGCCUAGCGGUGUACAGGUGGUUAGCAGUCAGCCAUGGAUACCACCACCUCCCUGAAGAUGACCUCUCUGGCCAUCCAGAGUCUGUUCACCUACGUGGAGGAGGAAAACCUGGCUGCCAUCAAAACACAUUUGGACAAGUUCAAAGAUGUGGACAGCAGGAGUGAUAAUGGGCAGACUCCCUUGAUGGUGGCUGCAGAGCAGGGCAGUCUGGAGAUAGUACAGGAGCUCAUUAGGAGAGGAGCCAACGUUAACUUGGACGAUGUUGACUGCUGGACGGCGCUGAUCUCGGCAGCUAAGGAGGGCCACAUCGAUGUGGUGAGGGAGCUGCUUGAGAACAAGGCAAACCUGGAACAUCGAGACAUGGGAGGAUGGACUGCUGUCAUGUGGGCAGCCUAUAAAGGUCGAACAGAUGUGGCCCAGCUGCUUUUGGAAAAAGGAGCUAACCCGAACAUCACUGGUCAGUACAGCGUCUACCCCAUUAUCUGGGCAGCAGGUCGAGGCCACGCUGAGAUUGUCCAUCUCCUGCUGCAGCACGGAGCCAAGGUCAACUGCUCAGACAAGUAUGGCACCACUCCUUUGAUCUGGGCAGCCAGGAAGGGCCACUAUGAGAGCGUGAUGCACCUUCUAGCAAAUGGAGCAGAUGUGGACCAAGAAGGAGCGAACUCAAUGACGGCUCUGAUUGUGGCAGUGAAAGGUGGCUAUACAGAGGUUGUGAAGGAGCUGCUGAAGAGAAACCCAAAUGUCAACAUGACUGACAAAGAUGGAAACACAGCCCUGGCCAUCGCUGCCAAGGAGGGACACACUGAGAUCGUGCAGGACCUGCUGGACGCCGGAACCUAUGUCAACAUCCCAGACAGGAGUGGGGAAACGAUGCUGAUUGGAGCAGUGAGAGGAGGUCAUGUGGAGAUAGUCCGAGCUCUGCUGAACAAAUACGCUGAUAUUGACGUCAGGGGCCAGGAUGGAAAGACUGCCCUCUACUGGGCAGUGGAGAAAGGUAACGCUACCAUGGUGAGAGACAUCCUGCAGUGUAACCCUGAUACUGAGAGCUGCACUAAGGAGGGAGAGACUCCUCUUAUCAAAGCCACUAAAAUGAGGAACAUCGAGAUAGUUGAACUGCUGCUGGAUAAAGGAGCCAAGGUGUCUGCGCUGGACAAGAAAGGAGAUACGCCCCUCCACAUAGCCAUCCGAGGGCGAAGCAGAAAGUUGGCCGAGCUCCUGCUGAGGAACCCUAAAGAUGGCCGCCUUCUUUACCGUCCAAACAAGGCUGGAGAGACACCGUACAACAUCGACUGUACCCACCAAAAAAGCAUCCUUACGCAGAUAUUUGGAGCGAAGCACCUCUCCCCCUCAGAGUCGGAUGGAGACAUGUUGGGUUAUGACCUGUAUAGCAGUGCUUUAGCAGACAUUCUUAGCGAGCCCACCAUGCAACCCCCCAUCUGUGUUGGACUGUACGCUCAGUGGGGCAGCGGCAAGUCUUUCCUUCUCAAGAAACUGGAGGAUGAGAUGAAGACCUUUGCAGGCCAGCAGAUAGAGCCGUUGUUCCAGUUCUCUUGGCUUGUGGUCUUCCUCACCCUGCUACUGUGCGGCUCAGUGGCCGUGGUCCUGGGCUUUACUGUUAAUCCAAAGCUGGCCAUUGCUGUCUCCCUCAGCCUCCUCGCCUUGCUCUACAUCUUUUUCGUGUUGGUGUACUUCGGAAGUCGGCGUGAGAGGGAGAGCUGGAAUUGGGCGUGGGUCAUCAGCACCCGCCUGGCUCGACAGGUCGGUUACCUGGAGCUGCUUCUCAAACUGAUGUUCGUCAACCCGCCUGAACUUCCUGAGCAGACCACCCGCGCACUGCCUGUCAGGUUCUUGUUCACAGAUUAUAAUCGACUGUCCAGUGUCGGAGGGGAGACCUCCAUGGCUGAGAUGAUCGCCACGCUCUCAGAUGCCUGUGAGAGGGAGUUUGGCUUCAUGGCCACCAGGCUCUUCAGGGUUUUCAAGAACGAUGAGGUCCAAGGUAAGAAGUGGAAGAAAACGUGUUGUGUUCCCUCCUUCGUGCUCUUUGCUCUGACACUGGGAUGCCUGAUCACUGGUGUGGCCCUGUUGGCCAUCUUUAAGGUGGACCCUGAAAAUUUCACAGUAAACGCAGUGCUGAUAGCCAUGGCCAGUGUGGUGUGCCUGGCCCUACUGUUCAACUGCAGGACCUGGUGGCAGGUGGCCGACUCUGUCCUUAACUCCCAGAGGAAACGACUGCACAGUGCUGCCAACAACUUGCAUAAACUCAAGAGUGAAGGAUUUAUGAAGGUUCUGAAGCAUGAAGUGGAGCUAAUGUCAAAAAUGGCCAAAACCAUUGAUGGCUUCACUCAGAACCAGACCCGCAUGGCUGUCAUCAUCGACGGACUGGACGCCUGUGAGCAGGACAAAGUGCUGCAGAUGCUGGACACGGUUAGGGUACUCUUCUCCAAAGGCCCGUUUAUCUCGAUCUUUGCCAGCGACCCGCAUAUUAUCAUCAAAGCUAUCAACCAAAACCUCAACAGUGUGCUGAGAGACUCCAACAUCAAUGGACAUGACUACAUGAGGAACAUCGUCCACCUACCAGUAUUCCUGAACAGCCGAGGCCUCAGUACGGCCAAGAAGCUCUGCAUGGUAACCCCCACCAAUGGAGAGGCAAUGCCUGCCGAGGGAUGGCAUGAAGACUUGGACAGGAAGAUGUCCUCGACUAGCCUGGGCCAAGACCAGGCCAAGUUUGGCAGCAAGAACGCCCUAAACCGCAGGGACACAUACCGUCGUCGGCAGAUGCAGAGGACCAUCACCAGACAGAUGUCCUUCGACCUGACCAAGCUGCUGGUGACCGAGGACUGGUUCAGCGACAUCAGCCCACAGACCAUGAGGAGGCUGCUCAACAUAGUGUCUAUAACCGGUCGUCUGUUGCGGGCCAAUCAGAUCGUCUUCAACUGGGACCGGCUGGCGUCAUGGAUCAACCUGACAGAAGAGUGGCCUUACAGGACUUCGUGGAUCAUCCUGUUUUUGGAAGAGACCGAAGGAGUGUCAGACCAGGUCGCUCUCAAGACCAUCUAUGAGAGAAUCUCCAAGAGCAUCCCCACCACUAAGGACGUGGAGCCGCUGCUGGAGAUCGAUGGAGACAUCCGCAGCUUUGAGGUCUUCCUCUCCUCCAGGACACCCGUCCUCACUGCCAGAGAUGUGGAGAUGUUCCUGCCCUGCACCGUCAACCUGGACCCCAAACUCAGGGAGAUCAUUGCAGAUGUGCGUGCGGCCAGGGAGCAGAUGCACAUGGGAGGGGUGACCUAUCCCACGCUGCCCCUGCAAGAGGCAGCUCCACGUCCCCAGUCGGGUUACGGCCAGCACUCUGCCGCCUGCUCCCCGACGGUCGCCUUUGCCAGGCCCCUGCCUCCUCAGCCUCACAGCGCCUACUUCAGCGGGAUGACUGGUCCUCAGCACCCCUUCUACAACCGGCCUUAUUUCCCCCAUCAUGUGUAUCACCUGCCACGGCAUUACCCCCACCAUGCCCCCUCAUCCUCGCGCCCCUUCAUUAAACCACCUGGUCAACCUAAGGACAACACCAAUGGACUUAAUUUAAAGUCGCUGCCUUACAAAUUAAAACAGGUCCCUCCUGCGGUCCUGCUCAGCUCCAUGAACACAGAUGCGGUGUGUGAGCGCGUCAAACAGAUAGAUGGAAUCGACUACAGCAUGCUGCCACAGUACACCUCCACCAUCAAGAAGGCAAACAUAAAUGGUCGAGUGCUGUCGCAGUGCAACCUGGAGGAGCUGAAGAAAGAGAUGGAGAUGAACUUUGGCGACUGGCAGCUCUUCAGAGGAAUGGUGAUGGAACAGCGUCAUGCCGAAAGCCAGGCUCUGAUUCAGGAUGAAUCCCGAGCUGCCAGCGAGCAGGGCAGCAGCGUGCACCACGGGGAGCCCAGCAGACUCUCAGGGGGAGCCCAGCAUGAAGCGGCGGCCUUUAGCCUCAACCUCAGCUUCGAGGAGCUGAGCGGAGCGGGGCUGGAGGAGCCUCAGAGACACAGCAACAACUCACAGUGGCCGGUGGCAAAUCACCGCACCGCAAGCAUGUCCAGCCUCAACUCUCAGGAUUCUACCAAUGACAUCGGCAAGCUGACAGACAAGCAGCAGGCUGAGUACCGUGAUGCCUACAGGGAGUACAUCGCUCAGAUGGCCCAGCUGGAGAUGUCCGGCGGUGGGGGAGAGAGGCCCGUGCAGCCCCACCCUGGACAAUUCCUCCAGGCUGCCAGCUCAGAGGACAAAGGGGCCAAGGAAGGAGCUGACCAAGACAGCCGCAAGUCCUUCACCAAGAGAGGCUCCAAGGCUGCUGAUGCACCAGACUUCCCCUCAGGGACCGAUGCCCAGCUCCUAGACCCCAUCAGCGAGGAGGAUGAGAAGCUGGACCACAGCUCAUCCUCCAGGACUCCAGGCACCAGGAAGAAGGGAGCCGGGGCAUUAUACCACAAGCUGCCCAACGAUGACGACUCCAGCCCAGAAGAAGCCGAGACCACCACACCUCUUCUCCACCGAGAGGCUGCCGCUCUGUCCUCCUACAGAGGCUCCCAGCCUACUGGCCCGCUGAUCAAGCCUGGCUUCCUCGCCGAAAUCGCCCUGGAUAAGAAGGACUCGUCCGACUCAGGGAUGCGCUCCAGCGACAGCUCCUCGGACCGCUCCCUGGAGGAGGCCGAAGGGGACGCUGACGGAGAGAGGGGAGCGGUGAAGUCCAGCCUGAUCGAGCUCGAGCUGGAGGGCCUGGUGAAGAAGAGAGGCCUCCUGCCCAGCAGCCUGAGCGGCCUGCAGGACGCCACCAUGGCCCGCAUGUCCAUCUGCUCCGAGGCUCCGUCCGAGGCCAGCCUCAUGGCCAGCAGUCCGGACGAGGGGUGGCCGUCCGGCAACCUCAACCGCACAGAUAGCAACUCCACACUCAACAACAACACGAACGACACCACCUCCAACAACACCAACACCAACAACAGCCGCCAGCAGCUGGCUAACAUCACAGGCACAGAGUCCACCACCUCCUCCUCCAGCGUCGACGGCUCGCCAGCUGUCAUCAUCGUGCCCGGCAGCAGCGGCAGCACCGCCAACACCACGGCUGCCACCAUCCACAACCAGAACCUGCGCACCAUCAGCCUGGGAGAUGAGAGGGAGAGCGUCCUCUGAGAAGCUGCCCGUUACUCAGAGAAGGGUCACGUAGACUGUCGUUCUUGAUGUUGACCAUGUUUUGACUUGAGUAGAGUAGAUUGUGAGUAGACUGUGUUCAGCUGUUAGAAAGUGUUGCUGUGAAUCACAAGUACUGAGUUUGAAAGCUUUAAUUAGCUGGUUCGUUAGAAUAAAAAUCACCAACUCAACACAACAUUCCUGAUUCGAUUAGGAAUGAAGUCGCUGUUACAAAGCCUCUUACAGCCUCUUUGGUGCUGUGGUGAAAAUGGCGUGUUUAGUGAUGAAAUGUUACAUGUCGACGAAAAUGAAAAGAUUAAAUGUACCCUUGAUUAAAAAAAAAAGAAAACGCUCAGAGUUACUGAGGUUUUUUGUCUGUGAAGUGUUUGGUGCUGUGCUGUUUGAUGGUUAGAACGUUUAAGAACAUAGACGGAGAUGUAGACGAUGUGUUUUUGACUGUUUCUGUGUUUCAUGCACUAGUCUCCAACGUGAUCAUUGCGGUUUGUUUGUUUUUUUUUUGUUUUCCACAGGUCUUUUGUGGAAAUGGUGUUUUGUGAACCAAUAAACAUUUUUCUGCUCUGCGGACCCUCGAAA